AUGCAGAAAGAGGAGAAACAGUGGAAGAGACCACAAGAGAAAAGCAAAAGCACCAUAAGAUGGAAAAUGUCCAAGGAAGACCCUCAAAGAAAGAGCAGGACAUCAUCGCAGAACCCCAUCCCGAGGAGAUGCACCUCAACCUGGACAACUAAGAAGGAACCAAGAAGCCAGAAGUUCCCAUCAAACAGAGACGAGCAGCUCAUCCACUGCCAGACCAUCCCAGAAAGACGCGUCUCCACUGACCGAGCUAGUGAAAUAAUCAAACACAUUGUUGAUGAAAGACUGGAGACUGUCGAGUACAGCCGCUCAUGCUCAGACAUCUCCAAGGAACUGUCUGACUGCAUUAAGACGGCUGUAAAGAAGCUGCUGAACGAUCGAUAUAAACUGGUCUGUUAUGUGGCCAUCGGGCAGCUGAAGGACUCGGUGGUGAACUGCUCCAGUAGAACCAUCUGGAGUCCAAGUUCAGACACGUUCACUGAAUAUAUCUAUAAAAACAGAUCCUUAUUUGCUGUUUGCAUCUUGUUUGCAGUGUAUAAAGAGUAGUGUAACUGAUAAACUACGUAACUGAUCAACUGGAA